CAGCUGCGUCAGUCACAGAAAAACUGGGUGCUGGGAUGAAGCUCCAGGGGCUGUUCCAGUGUCUUCUCUACUUAACAACAAUCAUUUCCCUGAGGAGUUUCAAUAUUGACAUCAACAAAAUGUGGAUCACAUCUUCCACUCACUUUGUGUCUGAAGUCCUUAUGCAUUCUGAAAAAAGCAAAAAGACCUGUCUCCUGAUAACCAGUUCUCCAAGAAAUGAAGUUGGGAGUCUCUUCAAAUGUUCUAUCAUCCAGGAUAAGAUCAGCUGUGACUCUGUUUCACAUGUUCAUGAUGGAAGGCUGCAAGGGAAUGGACUCACCUUAGCCCGAAAUUCUGAACAGAUCUUGCUUUGUUCCCAGCUAAAAUGGCGCAGACCUAGAAGCCUCACUGAAGAGCUGAAUGGAAACUGUAUCCUGUUCACCGCAGAUUUACAGGAGAAGACCAGCUUCAAUUUCUCCAGUAUUGAUAACCUAGUUCAGGAAACUCCAGAUGAAAGUCAUGACAACAGCAACAACAACAACAAUAAAAACAACAACAGUUUUGAACAAGAGAUGGAUGAAGAAGAGAGAGGGACUGAGAUUGCAAUUGUCCUGGAUGGAUCAGGAAGCAUUAGCCCUGAAGACUUCGAAAAGGCCAAGGAUUUCAUUUUCAACAUAAUGACCCUGUUCUAUAAAAAGUGCUUUGAGUGUGAGUUGGCUGUGGUGCAGUAUGGUUCUGUCAUCCAAACAGAAUUUGAUCUGUUAGCCAGCAGGGAUGCUAAUAGUUCCCUUCAAAAAGUUAAGAACAUAAAACAAGUCAAAGAAGUGACCAAAACAGCAUCUGCCAUCAACCAUGUCCUUAAAGAAAUCUUCAAUGCAGAGAAGGGUUCUAGGAGGCAGAAUUCCAAGAUUAUCAUUGUGUUGACCGAUGGGGAUGUAUUUCACGAUCCCAUGAAUCUAGCCUCCGUUAUGAACUCACCUGAAAUGGAGGGAAUUGAGCGAUAUGCCAUUGGGGUUGGAAAUGAAUUUAAUGCAUCCAAGAAAACACUGGACUUGAUUGCCUCUGAACCCCACACAUCUCAUAUAUUUCGGGUGGAAAAUUUUUCUGGUUUGGAUGGACUUUUGAGAGGGUUGGAACAGAAAAUCAUCAGCAUAGAAGGCACUUCAGGGGAAACAGCCUUACAGUUUGAGCUCGCCCAGAUCAGCUUCAGUGCUCAGAUCCUGGACCAGAAACUCAUCCUGCUUGGGGCCGUUGGUGCCUUUGAUUGGUCGGGCGGGGUCCUGCUGUACAACGUGGAAAGCAAGAAGUGGAAUUUCAUGAAUGAAUCUAAAAAAGAGGCAAAGACUGCGCAAUACAGCUACCUGGGGUACUCAGUGGCGGUGAUGCAGAAGAGUUUCGGAAGUUUAUUUAUUGUUGGAGCUCCCAGGCACAGCCACACGGGGAAAGUUCUAGCCCUCAGAAGUGGAAGUUCAACAAGUUUAUGGCCAGUUCUGAAAGGAGAACAGAUGGGAUCCUAUUUCGGCUCUACACUUUGUCCCCUGGACCUACAACAGGAUGGAAAGACUGACUAUCUGCUUGUAGGAGCUCCAUUUUAUCACAUUCAAGGGGAAGAAGGAAGAGUUUACGUGUAUCGCUUUAACGAAAAGGAGGACAACUUCACCUUGUCGGCAACCUUAAACAAGCAGCCACAGUUUCCUUUGGCCCGGUUUGGAUUUGCGGUGGCUGGGAUAGGAGACGUUAAUCAAGACGGAUUCGGCGAUGUGGCAAUUGGCGCUCCUCUUGAGGGCUUUUUGGGAGGAGAAAUGAGUUUUGGAAGUGUUUACAUUUACAAUGGAUAUGAGGGUGGGAUCUUGGACAGCCCUUCUCAGCGGAUCGAGGCAGAUAAAAUUUCUACAGGCCUCCAAUAUUUUGGGAUGUCCAUUGAUGGGGGUUUGGAUCUCACUGAGGAUGGCCUGGUGGAUAUCGCAGUGCUGUCUUUAAAUAACGCUACUGUGCUCCGCUCCAGACCAGUUGUCCACAUGAACGUUUCCAUGACCUUUACCCCGGCUGCAUUACCCAUCGAUUUCAACAAUACCAUAGAGGCAGUUCUGUGCUUUGAGAGUAACUCGGCUCUUCCAGCAAGUUGGCGAGAUUUGGAGAAUGAUCUGAGUAUCACGAUUGAACUGGAUGUGAAGAAGCAGGAGAAAAGAAUUCAAUUUGGGGACAAGAAUACCAAGUUGAAUUUGACGAGAGAAUGGAAAGGACAGACAGCAGCGUGUGAGGACUUGCAGCUGUUUGUGCUGCCCUGCAACUAUCACUGUUUCUCCAAUAUUGGUAUCAAUGUCAGCUAUCAAUUCAGCAGGCCCGAUUAUGGCCCGAUCCUCGAUCGAUACCGCAAACCUACAGCAUAUUUCCAGCUGCCAUAUGAAAAGGACUGUAAAGACAAACUCAAGUGUAUUCCCGAAUUAAGUUUGUCAACAAAUCUGUCCACGCACAACCUGGUGGUGGGUCACACUGAAAACUUGAACAUGACUAUCAAUCUAACCAACUCAGGAGAAGACUCUUUCAGGACAAAUUUUGUUUUGAGUUAUCCCAGAAAUCUACUAAUUAAAAAGAUCCAAGAGCUUAGCUCUCCCACUCAAAACGUCCAAUGUAGUGAUCCCAAACAAGUCACUUCUCUCCUGGCCAUUACCUGUAAGAUCAGUCAUCCCAGAUUCAGGAAUUCAUCAAAAAGGUUUUUAGUAACCUGGCAGGUUGACAAAAGCAAGUUUCCAAACAGGACGGCAGAAAUUACUGUGAAUGUCAAUAAUAAUGAAGAUCGGAGAGUCGUGGAGAAUUCCCACCUCCUUCAAUUCCAGCAUGCCUUCAUUGCAGUUCUUAUCAAGCAACCAGUUCUGUACAUGAAUAUCAGCCAAGGACUUUCAGAGCACAAAAAAUUUGAAUUUAAGAUACAUGGGGAAAACCACUUUGAAGUUGAAUUUCAGUUACAGAUCUGUGUGCCUGUCAAAGUACAAGGUCAUGAAAUAGUACAUGUGAAGAACAUCACAUCAACACAGAAUGACACGAAGUGCAGGCUUGGGGACAUCGGCGAUUGUCAUGGAGCUCCAGGGCAGGAGUGUCAGCUCGCAAGCUGCAGUAUUCUUGCAAGCAAGGGGACCGUGACGAUGAUGGUGACUGUGGACGCAGAACUGUCCUUUAGGGGCUCCGAGCAGUUAACCAAAUUCAUAAAUGAAUUGCGAAUCAGUGGUAAAAUCACCUUCGAUGAAAACCUGUACCAGCCCCUGAAAGCCGAGAACCACGAAGCUGAGGUCACUCUAAUUCUGCUGAAAAUCAAAGAGUUCAAUUUUUUGCCUGUCAUUUUAUCAAGCAGCAUUGGUGGGAUUUUGGUUCUGAUUUUGAUCAUAAUUCUCCUUAUUAAGUGUGGCUUUUUUAAAAGAAAAUAUCAAGUGUCAUCCCAAAGAGCAGAUGAACAAGAGAAUUUUGAAAGUCUGGUUAAAAAGGAGGACUAACACCAGGCUCUUCACUGCAUCAACUUGAGACCUUAUUACUGCUUCCCUGGCCCUUUUUCUGUAUGCUAUAGGAUUUUUCCAUCUUUUCUUACCCAAGGCAUGCCACAGAAAAGGCAACAAGGGCAAAAAGAUGUAGGUGUAAAAUCAGUAAAAUUGAGGCAUUUUCCCCCAUUCCUUACUUAUCAAUGCAGAGGCGCCUGCUUUUUUCAUUUUAAAUGCAAGGGGGGGCUUUGAUGGGGUGAAGCUUUAAGGAGGCAAAAUGGGGAAAGCAAAAGGAGUAACAGGGAAAAAAUGAGGAAUAGAGAAAAGUGGAAGGGGGAUGCUGAGUGCU